AUGGCUUUGGGCGGAUUGUUCAAGAGACCUGCUGCUGCUCAUACUCAGGCGGUGGAUCCUGAUUCGGGAAGCGAUGGCGUCGCGACAUCGACUGGUGUCGUGCAGAAGGAGCUCGAAGCCUUCAAGCACGAGCACGCGUGGGAUCCCAAUUUACCUCAAGAAAGUAUCGAUGCUGUCGACGAAGCUCUAAGAGUCGAUGAUCUCGAGAAGAAAGUCGCUGUCGAGACAGUGCUACUUGAAGAGAACUCGCCGUACCCUGAAGUUCGUGCUGCAGUCAGGAACUAUGAUGAAGAAUGUCCAGCGAAUACUGUGCGUGCUUGGGUGAUUGGGAUGCUGUGGACUACGAUUGGAAGUGCCAUCAACAUGCUCUUCUCUCUUCGUAACCCGUCUAUCUCUCUCACGCCAGUUGUUACUCUGCUGCUUUCGUAUCCUUUUGGUGUUGCUUGGCAAUACACUAUGCCAACUCGCAAAUUCAAGACCUUUGGAUAUACAUGGACAUUGAAUAACGGCCCGUUCAACAUGAAGGAACAUACUCUGAUCGUCAUCAUGGCCAAUGCUUCCUUCGGAGGAACCUUCGCAUACUCGACCGACGUCCUACUCGCCCAGCAAGUAUACUACGGACAGAACUUCGGAUGGGGUUACCAACUCCUCCUCACCAUCACCUGCCAAAUGCUCGGUCUCGGUCUCGCAGGCCUCACCCGAAAAUGGCUCGUCGAACCAGCUGCCAUGAUCUGGCCCUCUAACCUCAUCACGACCACCAUGUUCGAAACGAUUCACACGCGCGCCACUCCCGACGCUCUCAAGCUCAGCGGCUGGAAAAUCGGCCGCUACAAGUGGUUCCUGUACCUCAUGCUCGCCAUCUUCGUCUGGGAAUGGUUCCCGCUCUGGAUCGCGCCCUUCCUGGCCACGUUCGUCUUCGUCACUUGGGCCGCGCCUAACAAUGUGGUGGUGAACCAGCUGUUUGGUGGCCAGACGGGACUCUCGCUCAUCCCGCUUAGUUUCGAUUGGAGUGUCAUCACGGCGUUCAUUCUGAGUCCGUUGGUGUACCCGUUCCAUGCUAUUGCGAACACCAUGAUUGGCGUGGUGAUUUUCACUUUGAUUACUUCGAUCGGUAUCCAUUUCAGCGGCGCCUUUUACUCCGAAUACCUGCCAAUGUCUACGGGAGGCAGUUUCGAUAAUACGGGGGCAGCGUAUAAUGUUUCUAUGAUCUUGACGCCGGAGUACGAACUUGAUCCUGUCAAGUACGCUGCGUAUUCACCGCUUUUCUUGUCGACGACGUUCGCGCUGGCGUAUGGAUUGAGUUUCGCGGCUAUUAUUGCGGUGGUUCUUCAUACGGGGCUGUAUCAUGGGCCGGAUAUCUGGGCGAAGGUUAAGAGUAGUCGGAUGGAUGGCGCGGAUGUGCAUUUGAAGAUGAUGGCUAAGUAUAAGGAGGCUCCUUGGUGGUGGUAUGCCAUCAGUGCGGUAGUCAUGUUCGCUCUAGGUCUCGUUACGUGCUUGGUAUGGGACACUCACUUGACGUGGUGGGCGUUCAUUGUUGCGCUCCUCAUCUCGUGCUUCUUUUACCUGCCUAUCGGAAUCGUGCAAGCGACUACUAAUGUGCAACUCGGUCUGAAUGUCAUUACCGAGUUUAUUAUCGGGUACAUGCAACCUGGUCGACCGCUUGCGAUGAUGAUGUUUAAGAUGUAUGGGUACAUUACUUGUUAUCAGGGAUUAUACUUUACACAAGAUAUCAAACUAGCCCACUACAUGAAAGUGCCCCAACGCGUCACCUUCUGGGCCCAAUUCGUCGCCACCCUCUGGUCCUGCAUCGUGCAAAUUGCCGUCCUCAACUGGGCCCUCGGCUCCAUCUCCGGCGUCUGCACCCCCGACCAAGCAAACAACUACACCUGCCCCAACGCCCACGUCUUCUUCACCGCCUCCAUCAUCUGGGGCGUCAUCGGCCCCGCGCGUAUCUUCGGCACCGGUGGCAUCUAUCACCCCAUGAUCUACUUCUUCAUCCUGGGUUUCGGCUGCCCGAUCCUGGUUUAUUAUCUCGCGCGCCGCUUUCCGAAGAGUCCAUUGCGAUAUGUCAAUACGGCCAUCGUGUUCGGCGGCACGGGAUACAUCCCGCCUGCAACUCCGAUGAUUUACGCUACCUGGGCGUUUGUGGGGACUAUCUUUAAUAAGGUUAUUAAAGGACGCCAUCCGGGGUGGUGGGCGGAGUAUAAUUAUAUCACGAGCGCGGCGCUGGAUAGUGGGACGAUUAUCUGUAUCUUGUUGAUCUUUUUUGCGUUGCAGUUGCCGAAGGUUAGUAGUCCGGCGUGGUGGGGUGGGUUCGGGGGAGGUUUCAUGGAUAAUGGGGAUUGGAAUGCGGCGGUGCAGAAGGUGGUUGUUAAUGGGACUUUUGGGCCGAAGACGUGGGCUUAG